CGCCCAUGUCAGCACGCUUGUCGGUCGUGGCAACGCUACAGACCGGCACGUAACAUAAUUGUACCUUUUUGUACCGAGAACCUGCAAAUCUUGUUUUGGCACCACAGAGAGACACAACACGGACUGUUCACCAGCUUUGUUUUUACGAGCUAACAUUGUGUUUUAGAUCGUAUUUAAAUCGCUUAAUUUUAUUAAAGGGAAAAGUUUUUUUCUCGCUCACCUGCAGUAACAGACAGGACAUCAGUAUGGUGCGGUGGAUCAACUUUGUGUUGGUGCUGAUGGCUGCUGCGUGUAAGACGGCCCAGGGGAAGCGAGAUGAAGUGCUCUACUGCUCAGCCUGCAUGGCGAUCGCUGAGGAGCUGAAAUACUCCAUCAGCCAAAUCGACCCCAAGAAGACGGUCCAGGUGGGAGGAUUCCGACUGAAUCCUGAUGGAAGCCUCACUGAUAAAAAGGUUCCUCUGGCUCGCUCUGAGACUCACCUGUCCGAGCUGCUGGACGGAGUUUGUAAUAACAUGAGCGAGUACGCGCUGUACGAGGAUCCGGUCACUAAACAACAGAGCUACAGGAGAUUCGCACCGAGGAGCAGCGACGGCGGGAACUUUCCCGAUUUCAAAAAUUUUAAAUUCUCCGGACCUGAAGGUUCCGAUUCCUUAAAGUUCGCUUGUGAAACCAUCGUGGAGGAGCUGGAGGACGACAUCAUCACUCUGUUCACACGAGAAGACCAGCACGUGGCCCAGAGGUUGUGUAGCGAAGUGUCAGGUCACUGUAAAAGCAGCGUGUUCCAACACACUGACCUGUGAUUCAACACCACGCUGACCGAACACCUGGAGGGCUCCAAGCCGGACCGGGUUCUGAGCAGAACCUCACGGAAGGACCAGAUUAUCCGAAUGCAGGAGCAGAGAGCAGUGUAAAGUGUUUUGUAACGACUCUGUGAGGUUGAGCUGUAAGAUUAUUUUCGUAAAGAAGAA